ACCUGAUCAUAUUAAAUUUUUUAUUAAACUUGAACUUGGUUCUGAACUGUAGUAAGAGUUUUUUUGCACUGCAUAACACUACCCACAAUUUUGGCAUGUUUCCAAAGAGACAAGAUAAUUUGCAAUACUUAAUUAAUGCUAAGAUACUGCUGUUUCUGUUAAAGACAAAUGUAACCCUGUCUGUGAAAUCCAGGAUAAAGUCGCAUAAUUUAAUUAUGAGAUGAGGAUCACAGGUAUAGUCAUAAAAAUUGAGAGAGAGUUCUCACUGCAGACAUCUGGAUCCAACUCCUCCUACUUUAUAUACUUGGCUGCAAAAAAAGUUUCAAUGAAGCCUGAUGAAGUAAAUCUUAUACACUUGGAGAGCCAUGGCCAGUAAUAAUAACACCCAAAGGAGUGAGAAUGAGGAUACAGUCACUAGCAUUGAACUGAGUAUUUUCAGUUUGGUUCAGCGGGAGGACUCUGACAUCUUUGUGCCUCAUGUGUCAAUGAAAAGUAAUCAAUCGAUGGGACAUCCUUACAACUUAAGCAAUGAUACAGAAGUCAGAUUGGUUCAGCAGGAGGACUCUGACGUCUUUGUGCCUCAUGCUGUGUCAAUGAAAAGUAAUCAAUCGAUGGGACAUCCUUACAACUUAAGCAAUGAUACAGAAGUCAGAUUGGUUCAGCGGGAGGACUCUGACUUUGUGCCUCGUGCUGUGUCAAUGAAAAGUAAUCAAUCGAUGGGACAUCCUUACAACUUAAGCAAUGAUACAGAAGUCAGAACUCAGCAAAAGGAACUGAGUUCAAAGAUUUCAAAUGAGGACUUGAUCUGGAUUAUUUCAUUUAAGCAGACAUUGAAGAACAGAUAUCAAUGUAUAUUUGAGGGAAAUGAAGAGCACAGGAGCCCUGCUCUGCUCAACAACAUCUACACUGAGCUCUACAUCACCGACGCUGGAAGUAGUGUCAACGCAGAACAUGAAAUCAGACAGAUUGAGACAGUAUCUAAUCAUCCGAGCACAUGGGACACACCAAUCCCAGUGAAUGGUGUCUUUAAAGGUUCUGCUGGGUCUAAACCAAUACAAACUGUGCUAACAAAGGGAAUCGCUGGCAUUGGGAAAACUGUGUCCGUGCAGAAGUUCACCCUGGACUGGGCUGAGGAUAAAGCCAACCAGGACAUUCACAUGAUAUUUCCACUUCCAUUUCGUGAGCUGAAUAGAUUUAAGAAAGAGAAAGUUACUCUGAUCCAGAUUCUCCAGCAUUUCUACGAUCUCAAAAUAGAAGCAAACGUGUUGAACUCAGGCAAAUACAGGUCAGUUUUCAUCUUCGAUGGACUUGACGAAUGUCGAUUUCCUCUGGAUUUCCAGAAGAACAAGAGUUGCUCCAGUGUGACAGAAGCGGUCUCAAUUGGUGCUCUACUGACAAACCUCAUCUGCAAGAACUUGCUUCCUUCUUCUCAGCUAUGGAUAACCUCACGACCAGCUGCGAUCGGUCAAAUACCACCUGACCUUAUUGACCAACUGACCGAGGUAAGAGGCUUCAAUGACUCCCAAAAGGAGGAGUACUUUGCCAAAAGGAUAAGCGAUCCAGACAUGUGCCAUAGGAUCAUCUUGCACUUGAAGUCAUCAAGAAUCCUUCACGUCAUGUGCCACAUCCCGGUGUUCUGUUGGAUAUCAGCUACAGUUCUUGAAGGGAUAUUUGGUGAGUUCAAGAGUAGAGAAAUGCCCAAGACACUCACGCAAAUGUACGCACACUUCCUGAUUUUCCAGACCAAGCAAAUGAGUCACAAAUACGAUGUGAAUUGCAAGGCAGAUUUCAACUGGGAUAGCCAGAGCACUUUGUUGCUUGGCAAACUGGCCUUUCAACAGCUUGAAAAGGGUAAUUUAUUGUUCUACGAGGAUGAUCUUAGGGAAUGUGGUGUUGAUCCCAACCUCGCCUCAGUGUUUUCUGGACUUUGCACACAGAUCUUCCGAGAAGAGGCAGGACUACACCAGGAGAGGAUGUUCAGCUUCUUCCACGCUAGUAUCCAGGAGUUUUUAGCUGCCUUUUACGCCUUCCUUAUGUUCGUCAACAGUCAGCAAAAUGUCCUCAGUCAUAAGACAAAUGCAAAAUUCGAAAGUGCUUUUAAAAAACCUUCAAUGCAUGAGUUCUUGAAGUUUGCUGUGGAUAAGGCUCUAGCAAGUGAUAAUGGACACUUAGACCUUUUACUCCGUUUUUUGCUGGGACUUUCCCUUGUGUCCAAUCAGACUCUUCUACAACCACUGCUAACUGAGACAUGGAGUGACCCCGAGGGCAGCAAAAAAACUCUUCGGUACAUCAAGGAAAAAAUCAGGUUCCAACUUUCGGCAGAAAAAGCAAUAAGUCUCUUUCACUUUCUCAGUGAACUAAAGGAUGAUUCCCUGGUAGAGGAAGUGCAGGAAUACCUAAAGUCGGGUGGCUUUAGAGGUGAAAAGCUCUCUCCAUCACACUGCUCUGCUUUGGCCUACACUCUGCUGAUAUCUGCUGAGGAACUGGAUGUGUUUAACUUGACUAAAUGUAUUGAUCCGAGAUGGAUCUCAGAUGAGGGACUGUUGAGACUCCUGCCAGUGAUCAAAGCAUCCCGAUUAACUCUGCUGAGAUUGUGUAAUGUGACAGAGAAAGUCUGGAAAGGGCUGAGCUCUGUUCUCAGCUUAAGUGGCUCAUGUAUGAGAGAGCUCGAUUUAAGUUCCAGCAAUCUUAAUGAUACAGGAAUAUACCAUCUUGUUGUUGGACUGGGGAAUCCUCAGUGUAAACUAGAGGUUUUGAGACUUUUUAAUUGUAGCAUAGGUGAGGACGGCUGUGCCUCUCUAGCCUCAGCUCUGAGGUCAAACCCAUCUCACUUAAAAGAACUUGAUUUAACACACAACCAGCCUCAUGAUACAGGUGUAAAAAUGCUUUCUGAUGUGCUGGCAAACGUAAGCUGUAAACUGGAAACACUCAGGUUUAUGGGUUGUGAACUGACCAGGAAAAGCUGUGCAGCAUUGGCCGAAGCACUUCAGUCAACCUGUUCUAGCUUGAAACAUCUGGACUUGAGCUUGAAUUGUCUUGAGGAUUCAGGAGUAAAACUGCUUUGUGCUGGUCUGAAGAACCCUCUCUGUAAGCUCGAGACACUGAGCCUCUCAGAUUGUGAAAUUACAGCCGCCGGAUGUUCAAAACUGGCAUCUGCUUUAGAGUCGAACCCAUCACAUUUGAGAGUGCUGGACCUUAGUCUGAAUGACCUUACAGACACAGGAGUGACAGACCUGCUUCCAGUGUUUGUUAAUCUAGAUAAACUAUGGCUGAAUAAUUGCAAUCUCACAGAAAGGAGCUGUCAUACGAUGGCUUAUGCAGACCCUUCCAAAUGCUCUAAACUGAGGGAAUUGAACCUAAAUGCUAAUGCGAUAAUGGAUUUUGGAUUGAAGCAUUUUGCCGUGGGAUUAUGUAAUCUUCUAUCAAGUCUCCAGUCACUAAGUUUAACAUACUGUAGUGUUACGGAACAGGGCUGUGCUUUCCUGGCAUCAGCUAUAAGAUCAAACUACUCACAGCUAAGAGAACUGGAUCUCAGAGGAAACAAACUAUCCGAUUCAGGGGCUAAACUACUAACAGAUCUGCUAGAAGAUCCGAAGUGUAAACUAGAAACUCUGGCAUUGUAUCCAGACAUCCACUGUGAUGAUGAUGAUGAGAGUUAAUAUAGGCGAAUAACAGAAAAAAAUGGACUGAUAUUCUCCUAGCACCCCAUCGUGAUGUUUUUCAUCAUAUAAAUUAUUCAAACAUGCAUGGAACAGCCAUCACGGAAACUGGAGUUUGGUAAAAGGUUUGGAACAUUUGUCAUGGUGUAGCCUACGUAAUUAUGUGCGUGACUUGUGAGCUAGAUUGAAUCGAAAGUUUCCCAACAUGAGUUAUGAGCUGCUAUUCACGUGUGAAAAAUGAGGAAUAACAGGUUUGCUGAAUUAGUCAGACAUGUGAGUUUUGAGAGAAGUUGCUACAACCAAUCAAUUAGUCUGAACACUCUGUAGUAACUGCCUAGCAACCACAUUUAAAAAACGUAGCAACAUACAUCCAUUCAAACACACAAACAUGACAUCUCUAUUUAUACCGUGCAAGUAUUAAACUGCAUAAGUAAACUUUCAAAAUAAUAUUAAACUACAUUAAAAUGUGUUUUAAACCUCCAGACAAGGCUUUGUCGAGUCAAAUGCUGUACUUUUCUUUCCCAUACUGAUUUAUUGAUAUUUUCGCUUUCAGACCAGUGUUGUAUGAUUCAAUAAAAAUGAUGUAAAUCUCACUGUAAACAGCAGAGGGCGGUACAGUAUAGUUCAAUGCUGUCAGUGCAAAGAUAUUACAGUAUUUUAUCAGUUUUGUCAUGAUGUUUUCUCUGAGCUGUAAUGAAAAGUUGUUUCACAAUGUAGUUUGGUGUUUUAACUUUCUAUGUAUUAUGAUACCGUUGGGCUUUUACUGUGUAAAGGUAAUUCUUUUUUAUUAGAACAUAUAAUAAUAUGUAUUAUAUUAAUAUCUGCAUUUGUGUUGCCUCAAAGGAACAAAGUACCAAAAUACGAAAAAAGAAAAGUGAAUAAAAGUAUAAAAAAUAUAAUGUAAAAAUAUAAGAAAACUAAUAUAUAUAAAUGUUGGAUGUUAUCAGUAACACUAAAAACAUUAUUAUACAAUGAUGUUACACUACUGACAUAGUUUUCCUUCUUUGAAAAGGGUUCAUUACGUCACUUAAUGUAGUGUAACAUAUAUGUUACAUAUAAGUAAUGUGUUCCUUGUGACACGCUACAUAAUCUCAGAUUCACCAAAUCAAUAAACUGCACUCAAAAACAAA